AUGUCUACUACUGUGCUCUACGCUUUGGCUUUCGAUCCUUCUCAAUCGCCUCAUUACAAGCUGGUCUGCGUCACUGACUCCGGGGACUAUGAUGCUGGGGGGCAUCAUGAAAUAGAGAUAUAUUCAUCUGAGACAAGAGAGUGGAAGCGUCUCAAGACUCCUUACUUCCCCAGCCCCUCUGACGAGGGCAUGGACUACGAUUCCAUACAGAGUGCCAUGCACUUUGACUGGAAGGAUAGGAUAGGUGCCGUCUACUACAACGGCGCAGUUCAUUGGAUUCGAAGGAGAAGCAAAGCAGGCUUCCUGUUUGCCACAUUUGAUGAUGGUAGAAUUGAAUUCACAAGAGAGGAAACUGACGUGAUGCACUACUUUGACAUAAGCCAAGAGCGUUUCCUGGUCAUGCCUGCUACCACCCCUGUCCCCUCAGUGGUCAAAAACAUUCCACUCGAGAAUACCUCUGGCUACUGGGAACCAACUACAUGGCCGAAAUUGGCUCAGAGAUAUUUUGGGGAGAGCAGUGGGCGUUUGUACCUGAUUGAGACUUUUGAGCAUUGUUUGACCCAAUUUGAUGUGAUGGAGAUGGAGAGGGAAUACUCUGGCUGGUUGGUCAAGUAUCAGGUGGAUCUUAAUCCGCUUCUCGCAGCUUUUACUGGACAAGAUUGUAGUGCUUUUGUUGUCUUGUGCCUUUCUCAAGAGGAGGAAACAGAUUAUGAGGUUGAGGACACUUCAACUCAUCUCUUGUUGCACCUGUCUGGUAAGGUCAUAUCUUAUAAUCUUAGGAGUAAAACCUUCAGGACAUCUGUUGAGUUAGUCAACAAGGAACUAGCUUUAGGUAAUCAUCUAUAUCUAGAGGAUGUUGCUCAUCCUUACAUGGAGACUUUAGCUUGUUUGUAA